AUGACCAAUGACUGCACCUGUGCCUCACCCAGCCCCAGAGUCCCCCAGCCAGGCCCCCGCACCUCAUCCGAGGAGUGGGUCACCAACCUGAUGCACCCCAGACCCGGAUCAGAGCCACCUGCCACGCCAGACUCCCCAAGUCCAAGUGUGGACAGUAUCCUGUGCACCCUGGGGGAGGCAGCCCCCAAGCACCUUGUCUGCAGCCAGUCCAGAGGCGGAAACAACGCGGGCCACACGGUGGUGGCGGACGGCAGGGAGUACGACUUCCACCUGCUGCCCAGCGGCAUCAUCAACACCAAGGCCGUGUCCUUCAUCGGCAAUGGGGUGGUCGUCCACUUACCCGGCUUGUUUGAAGAAGCAGAAAAGAAUGAGAAGAAAGGUCUGAAGGACUGGGAGAAAAGGCUCAUCAUCUCUGACCGCGCCCACCUGGUGUUUGACUUUCACCAGGCGGUGGACGGGCUGCAGGAAGUACAGCGACAGGCGCAGGAGGGGAAGAAUAUCGGCACCACCAGGAAGGGGAUCGGACCUGCCUACUCUUCCAAAGCGGCCCGCACGGGCCUCCGCAUCUGUGACCUGCUGUCGGACUUUGAUGAAUUUUCUGCCAGAUUCAAGAACCUGGCUCACCAGCACCGGUCCAUGUUCCCCACCCUGGAAGUGGAUGUUGAAGGUCAACUCAAAAGGCUCAAGGGCUUUGCUGAGCGGAUCCGACCCAUGGUCCGAGACGGCGUCUACUUUAUGUACGAGGCACUCCACGGCACCCCCAAAAAGAUCCUCGUGGAAGGUGCCAACGCAGCCCUCCUUGACAUUGAUUUCGGGACCUACCCUUUUGUGACAUCAUCCAACUGCACCGUGGGCGGCGUGUGCACGGGCCUGGGCAUCCCGCCACAGAACAUAGGCGAGGUCUAUGGCGUGGUGAAGGCCUACACCACACGCGUGGGCAUCGGCGCCUUCCCCACCGAGCAGAUCAACGAAAUUGGGGACCUGCUACAGAGCCGUGGCCACGAGUGGGGGGUGACCACGGGCAGGAAGAGGCGCUGUGGCUGGUUGGACCUGAUGAUUCUGCGAUACGCGCACAUGGUCAACGGCUUUACCGCGCUGGCCUUAACAAAGCUGGACAUCCUGGAUGCCCUGGACGAGGUCAAAGUCGGUGUCUCGUACAAGCUGAACGGGAAGAGGAUCCCCUAUUUCCCAGCUAACCAGGAUAUACUGCAGAAGGUCGAGGUCGAAUACGAAACACUGCCUGGGUGGAAGGCGGACACCACGGGCGCCAGGAAGUGGGAGGACCUCCCCCCGCAGGCCCAGAACUACAUCCGGUUCGUGGAGAAUCACGUCGGAGUGGCAGUGAAAUGGGUUGGUGUCGGCAAAUCAAGAGAUUCCAUGAUCCAGCUGUUUUAG